AAUAGAAGGUUUUAUGAGUAAAAUGAAUAAAAAUUGGAAAUUUAAUUGAAAUUAUUUCGGUAAAACAAUUUAUAAAAAUAUAAAUCAACUAUAAAUUCAGUGUACACAUAUGUAAGUGAGGGCGCGAUCAGUAUUUUCCUACGAUACGAGUCCAAAAUGUCAGACAUCGAUAAAUGGAUGGAACUUGCAAAAGAAUGCAAAUAUCUUCCCGAAAAUGAUCUUAAGAAACUUUGUGACUUGGUAUGUGACAUAUUAUUAGAAGAAUCUAAUAUUCAACCAGUAUCUACACCGGUAACAGUCUGUGGAGAUAUUCAUGGUCAGUUUUACGAUUUAGAAGAAUUAUUCCGUAAUGGAGGCGCUGUGCCUGAGACAAAUUAUAUAUUUAUGGGAGAUUUUGUAGAUAGAGGGUAUUAUAGUGUAGAAACAUUUACCCGCCUACUCACACUUAAAGCUAAAUGGUCUGAUAGAAUAACAUUACUUCGUGGAAAUCAUGAAUCCAGACAAAUUACCCAUGUUUAUGGUUUUUAUGAUGAGUGUCAAAACAAAUAUGGCAAUGCUAAUGCAUGGAAAUACUGUUGUAAGGUGUUCGACUUACUCGCAGUUGCUGCCUUAAUUGAUGAUCAAGUACUUUGUGUGCAUGGUGGAUUAUCUCCAGCCAUUAGAACGUUAGAUCAAAUUAGGACAAUUGAAAGAAAUCGAGAAAUUCCACAUAAAGGUGCUUUUUGUGAUUUAGUUUGGUCCGAUCCAGAAGAUGUAGAAUCAUGGACUAUUAGUCCGCGUGGAGCAGGUUGGUUAUUUGGAAGUAAAGUAACAUAUGAAUUUAUGGAAAUCAACGAUCUUAAACUUAUUUGUAGAGCUCAUCAAUUGGUUCAUGAAGGUUAUAGAUAUAUGUUUAAUGAUAAACUUGUAACAGUAUGGUCAGCUCCAAAUUAUUGUUAUCGCUGUGGUAAUGUAGCUAGUAUUUUACAGUUCACAACUGUUGAUCAAAGAAAUCCAGUGCUAUUCCAGGCAGUGCCUGAUUCCGAAAGAGUAAUUCCACCUUUAAAUAUUACACCAUACUUUUUGUGAUCUAACCUAGUGCUCCAUUUGUUUGGAUGCAGGAAAGUGAUAUCUGCGUCUAGACGUUACGGAAUUACAUGACUGUUUCUUCACGUUGAUGGAUACAGGCUGGUACUUUGACGGAGCAUCAAAUUUCAAAAAUGUAUUAAACUAUGAUACAUUAUUUAGAAUUUUAAUUUAAAACAAAUUUUUUUUUAUGUUUUUAUAAAAGAACAUGUGUCAUUUGGAGAACAGGAUUAUCAUGUGAUUACCUAUUCAGGGAAUUGUUCUUACACGUUUUUUAGGAAAUUUAUCCAUUUUUGUAUGUUAAGGAAUUAACUUUUAUAUAUGUAUAUAUACAUAUAUAAAAAAUAUAUAUAUAUAUAUAUAUACAUGUAUAUAUAUGUAUAUACAUGUGUGUAUAUAUAUAUAUAUAUAUAUAUGUCAAACGCCUGCCAUUGCAUCAGCCUGAUUCCCCUAGUUUGAAAAAUGUUUCGCAUUGAAAUAAAUGUGAACACUGUGGUCUAGACGCUUUUGCUGUCUACUGUGUACAUUCUGUAGAGCAUUCGCAUCUCAGAGCGAUAUCGUGAACGUAUUGUUCUAAAGGCUAAGAGCUUUUAAGUAAGUUAUGAACAUAAACAACAAAUGGUUCAGUAAUGAAUAACCAUAAAUGAAAAACCAUUUAAAUAUUCCAAAAUGGAAGAAUCUCUGAGUAUAGUGAAUGCUUAAUUGAUAUUAUGAUCGUUGUGCGUAGAAUUCAGGUUUAUUAAAGCGUGAGCAUAUAUACUACUGUUAAGGUCUUCCUGAGUAUGUAAUUGAUCUGUUUCUGGUUUAGAUACUGUGUGUGCUGCGUGCAAUUCUUUUUAUUCUAGAUGCGCAAUCAGUGUUCUUAGCAGCAUAAAGUCGGCGGUUCUGUCGAGGUACAAAUAGUAUGUAGCAGUAGCCAAAGUUUUCCUACCUAGGUAAGGAAAUUCAGUAGAAAAAUUGUAUUAUAUAAUAGAAGUUUUGUUAUUAUUAUUAUUAUUAUUAUUAUUAUUUCUUUUUUUUUUUUUUUGCACACGACAAUUUUAUAUUUCACUCUCUUUUUUCUUCUUCUUCAUAAGCUCAAAAUACAAAUUUGCGAAACAUCUUAAAACUAUAAAAAAUUUUUUCACAAUAUAUCGGCCUUUUUAGCCAUGUUCUACUUUUAUGUGUACAGAGCAAUAGUUUGAAUAUUAUUAUAUUCUCUUAUAUUCUCUUGUACAGUUUCCAUAUUAUAUGCCAAAUCGCUGUCGUACUGAAUAAUUAUAAUAGCUAGAUUGUCAUAAGUUGUCAUUAAUGUAGGGAGCAACUUUUAAGAACCAAGACCCUUAGCAAUGUGCCUCUAAAUUAAUAAGCGUUUGUGUAAUAUAAUGAUACGAUAUUGAUACAUAAUUAAUGGAACGCACCGGCCAUUGCGUAUCAUAAGCCUGAAUUCUGACCAUCGAUUUGCUAGCUCAUGAUAUUCCUAACCGAUCACAGACCCGAUAAAUAUGGCAUUGGCAUUGGCACUGGCUGUCAAGUUGAAACUACUCUAUUUUGAGUUUUGUGAUAUAGUUCAAGCGGGGCAUGUGAAAAUUGCGUCGAUGUUUGUAACGAUUUUCCAUGUCGGAUCGUUUGAAGAUGUUUUGAAGACUUGUUAUUUCAAAAAAAAAAAGAAAAAAAAAUAGUCAACUUUUGAACAGUGCCUUCAGAACUAUAACACGACGGUCUACUAGAAGUAAAUACUUUCUAUUGACUAUGGAUAAUCAUAGACGAACUAGGACGGAUCAUAUAAAUAACAGAGAGCUUAACAAGAGCGUGGUAUAAGGAAUUCACUUCACUUUUUUAGAAAAUAUUAUUAAUAAUUCUUUUAUCAUAUUUCGAUCUUUAUUAUUAUCUCGUAAGAUAUUUUGGCGUCCAAUUCGAUGAUUGCUUUACAUGAUACUUUUUACAUUUUACAAUAUUAUCGAUAAAAAAAAAAAAAAAAAAAUACGAGUUAUAUAUAUAUAAUAUAUUCAGAUUGUUACAAUAUGCAAUUAUACGAUUUUACAUUAAUCACUGCUUUAUCGAUAUAAUUACAUUAUCGAUAUUAUAUUAGAUAGAUCAUUACACAAGGCAAGACACGGAGUUUACGUUACAAACUCGAUUUGUCGGUUUUGCAGCCUCUAUUAUCGUAAAACGGUGAUAAUGCGUGAGAAUGCCUACGUAGUACGGAUAUCCUAGAAAUCGUAAAAGUAUUAGCCUCUGUGUCUACUUAGGUAUUCACAGCAAUCACCUUUGAAAUGCCUCUGUCUGUGAUCGCUUUAAUCUUAUCGAAGUGUCCAAGCGCUUGCGAUCGGUAAGUUCAUGGGAAUAAAUAAAACAAUGACAUUAAAUAAUGAGACUAAUUUAGCUUAAUAAAUGUUCUCUGUGCAGGAGCUUGAACACUGCGCAUAAUUCUUAAAGAUCUCACAGGUAGACAACAUUUUAAACGAUCAUGUACCUUGAAAGUAUAGAUUUUGUUAUGUUAAUGUAAUGAAACGUCUGUAAUAAAAAUGCGCAAAAAUUG